AUGCGGGCAUUAAUACCUAGGUGUGCCGGCGAGAUUGCAGCUGCUCGUGAUAACGGAGUAUGUGGUGUGGGAGUGGCAUAUGACAGCAAAGUAGCCGGAAUUCGCAUGCUUGAUCAGCCAUACAUGACCGAUCUUAUUGAGGCUAACUCGAUGGGCCAUGAGCCGAACAAGAUCCACAUCUAUUCGGCAAGUUGGGGACCCACGGACGACGGGAAAACUGUUGACGGACCACGAAACGCCACAAUGAGAGCAAUCGUGAAAGGAGUCAAUGAGGUGCCAGAACGAAAUCUUACUUGUUUUCUUCUUAAGAACACCCGAUUCUUUGGAUCGUUACCAGACUGGAGGCACAGUUUGCGAUUAUUGGCGCUGUGCUCAAUUUACCCAUCGUUUGGUAGUGUCUGA